AUGGCAGAACAAGACGCACAAGAAAUUAAAGGAGUAUUAAAGCGACUGAAGGAAAACAUUGCAAAACUUCAACCUUCAUUUGAAGAAGUUGUUGCCGAGCAGGCUGAAAUGUUGAUUGGUGAUGAAAGGAAAAAACUCCGAAAGGCAUAUAAAGCCGAGUGUAAAGAUUUGCUACGCGAACUAAAAGAAGUGAAGAGUGAAAUGGAAGAGUGUAUCACUGACAUCGACCGAAACACCAGGAAGUGUAUCCAUGAGGUCAAUCGGGACAUGGACGAAAAAUUCAGAGCUGUUAUUCGUCAAGAAAGGCUUAAAAGGAGUAAAGAACUUGACGAAAUUAGAGUAGAAACAAAGAAUAAUACAAUUGUUGAACUUCUCAGCCCUUGCAAUAAAUAUCAGGUCAUGAAAAUUUCUGUAAAUUCGAAUUUUGUUUCCAAGAGCACGCCGAGAUGCGCAAGUUGUGGCAAAGAGAGCGUAUGGUUGUAUUUCUGCGGAGGUUGCAAAAUUUCCAGAUAUUGCGACGAAAAAUGCCAAGAAGCUGAUUGGGAGAGCCACAAGAACACCUGCAUAGGAUUGAAUAAUAACUAA